UUGAAGUGCUUUGAACUCCUGUUUUCUCACAAUGACCGGCAGCAUUCCUCCUGAUGCAGUGGGUCGGAGAAUCCUCUGUAAUGGAGAAUAUGGAACAGUUCUCUAUGUUGGCAAUGUUCCUCCUACAGCAGGAAUUUGGCUUGGCAUAGAAUGGGACAACCAUCAAAGAGGAAAACAUAAUGGUACCCAUGAAGGAGUACAGUAUUUCAAAUGCAGGCACCCUACGGGGGGAUCCUUCAUCCGCCCAAAUAAGGCAAAUUUUGGUGUAGAUUUUCUUUUUGCUGUAAAGAAGCAGUAUGGAUUGGAUGAUGAUGAACAAGGUACUGAAAAUGAGACUAAAGCAUUGUUGGUAAUAGGAAGGAAGACAGUGGAAUGUGUUGGAUUUGACUCUAUUAAAGAGAAGCAAAAGCAGUUGAAUACACUGAAUGACAUCUCAGUAGAUGGAUGUGCAGUGAGUCUUGCUGGUCCAGAAGAGGAAAUCAGAAAAACAUGCCCUAACAUCAGAGUAAUAAAUCUAUCAAAAAAUCUCUUGUCAUCAUGGAUUGAAGUGAUAGCUAUUGCACGCCAAGCUGAAAAUCUAGAAACUGCAAAUCUCAGUCAAAACAAAAUGAAAUUUCCAGCUACUUCACCACCUGCUUCAGGAGCAUUUUGUAAACUGAGAGUUCUAGCCCUUAAUCAAACAGGUGUAACGUGGGCUGAGGUUCUUUUAUGUGCUACAGGGUGGCCGGCUCUUGAAGAACUUCACCUGGCAUCCAAUGAAAUCUCAGUUUUACAAAGACCCAUUGAUGUUCUGCAAACCUUGAAAUGGUUAGUCCUUUCAGACAACCAGUUAACUGAUGGAAACCAACUUCACCUAAUAGCAGAUCUCCCCAGCUUAGAACGACUAAUACUUUCAAACAAUGGGAUUUCCUCCAUAAGCUUUCCUGAUGUAGGAUUUGGUAGGAAGACUGCAAUGUUUCCUUCUUUAACACAUCUUGUAGUAAAUGGCAAUAGAAUAGCAGAAUGGUCAGUUAUCAAUGAACUUGAUAAACUACAAAGUCUUCAGUCGCUUCACUGCCGGAAUAACCCUUUAAUGGAUACAGACAAAAACACAGAGACUGUGAAACAACUUAUUACUGCCAAAAUAGGCCAGUUAAAGUUUUUGAAUAAGUCUCAGAUCUUUCCUGAAGAAAGGAAGGGAGCAGAACUUGACUACAGGAAAAAGUUUGGAAUCGAUUGGCUAAAGGCUGGUGGUCAUCAGGACCCAAACAAAAACAGACCAAGUGAGGAAUUUCUUGCUGCCCACCCCAGGUUCCAGUUACUCUGUGAUAAGUAUGGUGCCCCUGAAGACGGAGAGCUGAAAAAAGAACAGCCCUUUUCCCUGAAACAACAACUGCUGUCUUUGACUAUUAAGUGUCCUGACAAACCUGACCAGAAGCCCAUAGACAAGAAACUACCAGAUUCUAUGACUAUUCAGAGGGUCAAAGGGUUGCUGUAUCGUCUACUGAGAAUUCCAGGUUCGGAACUGAAACUAUCCUAUGAAAGUUCUAAAAUGAAGGGCAAGGAAUUUGAACUGGACAACGACCUCAAGCCCUUGCAGUUUUACUCUAUUGAAAAUGAAGACUGCAUUUUAGUACGCUGGUAG